AAGUCUAUAUAAAGACGUGAGAUGUGUCAAUAGACGUUAGACAUGAAUUUGAUUGUAUUCCUAACUGUUUGCGUGCUAGCUGUCAGUGCGCUGCCCCUUGAGGAGCAAACAACGCGCAUCCAUGGCGAGAAUGGCUGGUACGUGCCACAGCUGGGCGCUGAAUCCAAAUGGAUGAGCCUGGAGGAGGCUGAAGGUCUACUGGAGGCAUAUGAAAGCCUCAAUACUAUGGAGAUCGCUCAGCGUUUGUCCCUGAACGCGGUUAGCUUCUACCUGUACACGCAACGUAAUCCGACGGAGGGACAGCUCAUCCAGGCCACCAAGGCAUCCAUUGAUGCAUCCAAUUUUGAUGCCGCCAAUCCGACUAGAUUCACCAUACACGGCUGGAACUCCAAUUACCAGGACGGUGUCAACAGUGGCGUGCGCAAUGCCUGGUUCCUGUCCGGCGACUAUAAUAUGAUUGCUGUAGACUGGGCACGUGGUCGCUCGCUGGAGUAUGCCUCCUCCGUGGCAGCGGUGGCGGGAGCGGGCGAAAAAAUUGCUCGCCUGGUGGACUUUUUGGUCAUCGAGUACGGCAUGUCCUUGGAAACGCUCGAGGUGGUGGGCUUCAGCCUGGGUGCACAUGUGGCCGGCUUUACCGCCAAACAGGUGACCACUGGCAGCGUGCAAAAGGUGGUGGGUCUGGACCCCGCCUCGCCCCUGUUCAGCUACGACAAGCCAGAGAAGCGUUUGUCCAGCAACGAUGCGUAUUACGUGGAGACCAUUCAGACCAAUGGAGGCACACUGGGCUUCAACAAGCCCAUCGGACGCGCUGCCUUCUAUCCGAAUGGCGGUAAAUCCCAGCCAGGCUGUGGAAUCGAUUUAACCGGCAGCUGCGCCCACACACGCGCUGUGUCGUACUACGUCGAAUCACUGCGAAUGAACAACUUUCCAACCAUCAAGUGCUCGUCCUAUCAGCAGGCUCAUAAUAAGGAUUGCGGCAGCACCUACAGCACCGUGAAGAUGGGUGCUAGCGAAAAUGAACUUAUUGCCGUGGGCGACUUCUAUGUGCCCGUUAACAAGCAAUCGCCAUAUGGAUUGGGUGACUCCGGUGUUGAGGACACAACAACGACACUGCAGCCCACGACAAUUGUUGUGGAGACAACAACAAAUACGCCCAGCGAGGUGAUAAGCGACAGCACCAGUGCCGCUACCCCUCCGGGAAUCGAAACGACACCGACACCUGCUCCCGAGGGAGACAAAGACAACGGACGCAAGACGAACAUUUAUAUCCUGAAUUUAAUAUUCGUCAAUUCCACAAUAAACAUGUAAGAGGACUAAUCGACCCAGGAAUGGGCAGAGGCAAAGUCUUCUAAAUUCAUCAAUAAAGCGAGCAUGAAAUCGAA